CAUUAGGGUCCCUUCACAGGCUGCUGUUUGGUGAUCCGUCACUGUUUUUAUCAGCAGGCUGCCAGCAUACUGGUGUUUUCUAGCUUCUCAUUAAAUAUAAUCAUGUCCCCUGCCCAUGUAUUUCAUUAACAAGAGGCCUAAAAUAUCAGAACUGUGCCUCCACAUACGAGGAAAUUAGCAGAGUGCUGAUAAAAAUAUUCCAAACAGGGCUUCCAGCUUUUGCUAGGAGCAUUUUUGAUGAAAGUGCUGUGUCAGUGACUCCCACACAAUCUGCUGGCAUCAUGCUUUGGACACAAAAAGCCUUACUGGCCAUACUUAUUCUGGCCGGCUGCAUGCUGCCGAGUCAGCAGCAGGCCAGGAAGGCCAGCCCCGUCGUCGACGUGCAGGACCCCAAGGAGUUCAAGAAGCUGCUCAAGACGACGCCGAACGUGCUCUGUCUGUUCGUCAAGAGCGCCGGCGUGGCCAAGGAGAUGAAGCGUGUGGUAGGCCUGACGGCCGAACAGGUCAAGGGCGUCGGCUCGGUGUUCUACGUCGACUGCAGCGGCGAGGGCCGCAAGAUCUGCAAGAAAUACAAGGUGGCGCCGGAGCCGGCGGCGCUGAAACACUACAAAGACGGCGCCUUCCACAAGGACUACGACCGCAAGAUGACGGUGACGUCGAUGGUGAACUUCAUGCGGGACCCGUCCGGCGACCUGCCCUGGGAGGAAGACGCCACAGCGGAGGACGUGGUUCACCUCAGUAACGCUCAGGCGCUGGCCGGCCUGCUGCGCCGCGAGGACAGGGCGCUCGUCAUGUUCUACGCUCCCUGGUGCGGAUUCUGCAAACGGAUAAAGCCCGAGUAUGCGGCAGCGGCCACGGAGACGCGAGACAAACACGUGUUUGCCGCGAUUGACGUCAACCAGCCGGAGAAUUACGGCGUGCGGCAAAAGUACAACAUUACCGGCUUCCCCACGCUUCUCUACUUUGUGAAGGGCGACGUAAAGUUCACGUAUGACGGGGAGUACAACAAGGACGGUCUGAUGAAGUUUAUGGAUAGCCCCGGCCAGGCGGCGCCCAAGCCCAAAGAGGAGGUCUGGGCCGACACUCCCAGCGACGUGGUCCAUCUCACCGACAACAACUUUGACGACUUUGUCAAGGCCAACCCGUCCGUCCUGGUGAUGUUCUACGCUCCCUGGUGCGGACACUGUAAGCGGAUGAAGCCCCAGUACGAGGAGGCGGCCGCUGCCAUGAAGAAAAACGGCAAGUCGGGCGUACUGGCGGCACUAGAUGCCACCGAACAUAAGGUGAUUGGCAGUCGGUACGACAUCAAGGGCUACCCGACCGUCAAGUACUUCCGCGACGGUGAGAUGGCCUUCGACCUGAACGUGCGCGACAAAGACAAGAUCCUCGAGUUCAUGGCAGACCCGCAGGAGCCGCCGCCGCCCGAGACGCCCUGGUCGGAGGAGACGUCCGACGUGCAGCACCUCACCGACCAGACGUUCAAGGCUUUCCUCAAGAAGAAGAAGCACGUUCUGGUGAUGUUUUACGCGCCCUGGUGCGGCCACUGCAAGAAGGCCAAGCCCGAGUUCAGCGCGGCGGCUGCGGAGUUCAGUGACGACCCCAAGGUGGAAUUCGCGGCGGUGGACUGCACGGUGGAAACGGCCGUCUGCAAUGCCAACGACGUCAAGGGCUACCCGACGAUGAAGUACUACAACUACUUCAAGACGUCGAAGCCUUACGACGGCGGCCGCACGAAAUCGGACUUUGUCAAGUUCAUGCGCGACCCGAGUAACCCUCUGUCGGCCGCGCCGCCGGCGCCCGCCCCGGAGGAGGAGUGGGGUGACCUGCCGGGCGCCGAGCACCUCAAACAUCUCACAGACGCCGGGUUCGACCAGGCGGCGCGGCAGGCGGACCCCAUGCUCGUCAUGUUUUAUGCGCCCUGGUGCGGCCACUGUAAGCGGAUGAAGCCCGCUUAUGCGGAGGCGGCGGCGCGCCUCGCAAAGUCCGGCCAGGCGGGUGUGCUGGCCACAGUAGACGCCACAGUGCAACGGGGACUCCAGGACCGAUUUGACAUCCGGGGCUUCCCGACAAUCAAGCUGUUCCGCGGCGGCCAGGCGGUAGCCGACUACAGCGGGGAGCGCACAGCGGACGCGCUCUUUUCAUACAUGCGCUCGCCGCCGGCCGCGCCCAAGACAGAGCUCUGACGGACGCAGGUCAGAUACUGUUUCCGCGGCUGGCCGCUAGAGGCGCUGCACACCGCCCGUCAGGGGCGCUGUCGGCGCUCGCUCGCUUUCUAACGCUCUUUUUUGGAACAAAGCUCAUCCCGUGAGAACGCUUAGGCGCGUGAUAAGACUGCCGGCGGCCCGGAUCGACUGUGCUGUGUUGUUAUAACUGUGUGACUGUGUAGCUGCAGUUUGCUUGGCAUUCCGAGCGGAGGGUUCAACUGGUACAAUUUACAAUAGUGCUGGCGUGGCGUUGUUACAAACGCCCAACCCAGAGACGAUCUCCGCUUUCCAGCAAUGGUGAAAUCGUGAUGAUUUGAUAUACCACUACUUACUGUUGUCACACUAAUGUUGGUCAUAUGAAUAAAUAAUGUACUCAUUAGUUAAUACCAUCUAAGGCGCUCCCUGGCCCUAACGUCGCAGAUACUGGGCACCUAUUGUUCCGGAUAUGGAUUACCACGCAAACCCAUCGGGACAAUCUCAAAAUACGGUCGUCUUCCGCCGAACUUAGCUCCAAUCGUGUGUUAAGUAGAAUGCUUGAAGAAGGAAA